CUCCCGCGAACGGGCCCAUUCUACAUCUCGGAUACCUGCCACCAGGUGUCUCCACCAGCAGCGCCCAGCAGCGACGGGCUGGGACAGUCUUCGGGGCGCUUUCGCACCGCCAGCAUCGCGCGCGCGUGUCCUCUUUAACGUUACCCGUCGUUCUCCGACUUCCAAGUACACUCUUGAAGGAUCUUCUCUCCAAGGAACUCGUCUCGCCGGCGAGAACAUGUGAUCGUGCGUCCAGGAGUGUCUCUGAAAUCCAUCACCGAUCACACCUUGCCAAUGAUACCAGCGGGACUCGCGUUCCAGAGGCUAAUCCGGGACGGUCCCAACGCCGGUGGAGGAUGCAGCAGCAGAACGAGCGACAGCAGGAACAGGAACCACGGAGACUCGUAAUGGUCCCCUCGUCCUCGUCCUCGACCUCGUCGUCGUCCUCCUCGUCGGCGACCCUCGCGACGGAUCCGCGCGAGGCCGACGACCACGUGACGGAGGAGCUCGACGGCGCCCUCGUGACUUCCGAGCUGCCAAAUCUCGCGUUUCAGAGCGUCGCUCUGCGACUCCAGAGCGUCGCUUUGCUCUCCGCUCUUCAACGAGCGGCUCUUCUACCCCCAGGACACGCGGCCGCGGCCGCCCUGAACCUCCAGGCCCUGGAGACGUACCUGACCCUUCAUCGUCUUCACGCGAGCGGCGCGACUUCCAGUCAAAGGUGCUCCUCGUCCUCGAGUAUCCUGACCUCGUCGACGACUGUCAAGGACGACGCGCCGACGGUGGACCAGCUGCUCCGAGCGGCCGAGGACGAUGAGGCCCGGCUGGAGUUCGUGACAGAUGACAAUCUGGCCUUGGCGCUGCUCUCGCCGGAGUUCCUCACGAGCGAGACGAAUUCCGGUUGCUCGACGUCCUCGGGACACCACGACUUGCUCCUGCGACGAAUAUCCGAGGGGAAUAAUAAUCGUGCGAGCGCCACCGCGACGACGUCGGUCUCGCGUUCCUCGUCCACGAGCAACGUCGUUCUCCCGGCAUCCUCGUCGACCUCCUCGUCGGCCUGCUCCUCGUCCUCGUCGUCCUCGUCCUCUACCUCGUCCACGACGCAGCAUCAUCAGACCUCGGUCGCGGUGGAUUCGAGUGUACCGAGGACUUGCCGGACCUCCAGGCCCAAGAAACAGUUCAUUUGUAAGUUCUGCAGCCGCCAGUUCACCAAGAGCUAUAAUCUGCUGAUUCACGAGAGGACGCACACCGACGAGCGCCCGUAUUCCUGCGACAUUUGCGGCAAGGCCUUCCGACGGCAGGAUCAUCUCAGAGAUCACAGGUAUAUACACAGCAAGGAGAAGCCGUUCAAAUGCACCGAGUGCGGCAAAGGAUUCUGUCAGAGCAGGACGCUGGCUGUCCACAAGAUUUUGCACAUGGAGGAAUCCCCGCACAAAUGCCCGGUCUGCGCCAGGAGCUUUAAUCAGAGGAGCAACCUGAAGACCCAUCUUCUCACGCACACGGACAUCAAGCCGUAUCAUUGCGCCUCCUGCGGCAAGGUCUUUCGCAGGAAUUGCGAUCUGAGGAGACACUCGUUGACCCACAAUCUCGGAGUACCGUCGUCCCCACCGUCGGACAUGCCAGUUUCCGGUUCGAGUACCAUCGUCCUUCAGGAAACGUCAUAAUGUGCCGAUUCUAUUUUUUUUCUAUUUUUUUUUUUUUUAACGACUCGAGACACAACCGUCCAUAUCGCGGCGCGUUUUAUUCUGAUGAGAAUCAUGGAUAUUCGGAUUAAUUAAUUAAUCGUAAGAACGCACGUCGCGAUAAUUCGAUUUCGAUCUCUUGCUCGUUUCGCAAUUUGUAUGUCUACCUGUCUUUGCAUUUAUCUAUCAUCUCGUUAAUGUUUAGAGCGUAAUUGUUAUGUAUGUACAUCACGAUAAGGUCGAUAUAUCGGAGAUAUUUGUGCACGUUUAGAUCUGUAAUUGUGUUCUAUAGGCACUAUGCAAUACUCUGACAAUAACGAAGGAGGAAUGUUUUUUUUUUUUUUUUUUUUCUUAAACUGUGUACCUACCGUAACGUGUCCGUUGUGUUUUGUCUGUACGUGUGUGUAAAAUAAACAUUUAUUAUUAUUUUUUAA